CAGGAAGGGACGAAAGUAGGUAAAUUUCCAGACCGUGAUGUUUCUACCAGUCUACAGGCAACCACCUGGUAAAUAACUUAGUAAAACAAUUCACUACUGGGCAUCGUAACACGGAUGCUGUGAGCAGUCACACCUACGUAGUACCUGUACCUGCAGCCAUCUCCUUCGAGCCUCCUCUACGACUCUACUCCUCUCCAGCUCUUGCCUCCUCUAGCAAGAUGGAUCGCAUUCUUUCCUUCCUCCCAUCGGCCGAAAAGGGCUACCUGCCCUACUAUCUCCUGGUUGUCUCGGUCGUGGCUGUGGCCAACGCCCUGCAAAACCUCGCCACGCUCCACUACACACGACGAACCUACAACGGCCGAUUCGUGCGAAACCAGUCCCUCCCGAAAGCGACCACCAGCUCAAACCCCGACGACAGCGUCGCCAAGUUGGUGCCCGCGACCCCGGGAUCCAAGGAUGCCGACAAGGCCCAGGACCAGGUCUCGCCCCUCGCGGCGCGCCUCUUCGGUACCUACACGUUCAUGGCCGGCGUGAUCCGCUUCUACGCGUGCUACGACCUGGCGAACCCCUCGCUGUACCAGCUGGCCAUCUGGACGCACCUCAUCGCCGCGGGCCACUUCACGAGCGAGAUGCUCGUGUUCAAGACCAUCAGGUUCACCGGGCCGCAGGCCUUCCCCUUCGCCGCUGCGUAUGGCGGGUCGCUGUGGAUGAUUAUGCAAUAUGGUCACUACGUUGCCAACUGAGCAACCCGUGUCGCUUCGAGGGUAUAUAUCUACAUCAAAAGGGGGAGGGAGGAGGGGGUCGACUCCGCCGGCCAAAAUAGUCAUAUUGGAGAUAAUUAUCAGAGCUAGAUCGAGAGCAACGUAAAAAUGGGAAAUGUACAUUUGUACAUUGCCAAGCUAACCAAUUCGAGGUGUCGCAGCAUGCGUUCCAUCAUCUUGGUCAGCCAUG